AUGGCUGCUCGUCAAGAAUUUUUAACAUGGCUAGAAACCAAGCAUAUUCCCAGUAGGCAGAGAAGGAGCCUUGCUUCGUAUGAUUGGGAUUUUUUAGUCACUACAGAUAUCGAAGGGAUUGCAGCGGUCGUAACAGACCGCUUGGAAGAGGUGUUGUCGCGUAUUCCGCCACCUGUCUAUUAUCCUCCAGAUACUAGUACCUCGAUGAGCUCAACGAAUGUAGGUGGCGUUUGGCCUACAAGAAUAACACGUUGGAAAGAAUUUUUAAACAAUGUAAAUCUACACAACUUCGAUGGGACCCGGAGAUUUGAGGAACCAAGAUUUGUUACAAGUAUAAGAAUAGUUGUUGAAACUAACGUAUAUACUGCUAUUGAAACCAACAUGUUUGGUAUAUUGAAUAAUGCCUUGGAGAAAUAUUGUUUUUCGAAGCAGAAAGACUCCGACUUCCCAAAAGAUGAUUCUAAUAUUGGUCCCUUCGUUCCAGACUACACUUGUCGUGUUAUUAACAAUGGGACUUAUGGGGAACAAAUCUUGGCAUUUGAAAUCAAGAGAGACGUCCUUCUACGGGAUUUUCUGAGUCUCACCGAUUCGGAUUUAGAGAGCUUUGGAAGGCGGGAGAUUUCUUCGGGCCAUUUAUAUGUUAUAAUUGGGCAAAUUUACAAUUAUAUGUCAUCAUUACAACUCCAAUAUGGAGUUCUUUCAAGCUAUGAUAAUCAUUUGUUUCUAUAUCGACCGAAAAAUAACAAUACGGAGCUUCACAUUUCUCAUCCUCUUGCACGUGAUUCAACCAGUCCGCCUGUACUUAAAUCAUAUGCAUAUUUGGCCUGGAUAGCAGAGCAAGAUCCCACAUCCCCCUCUCAUAACAUAAGUAAUAGUAAUAGGAGACAAACUUUAGCUUUACAGCAAAGUCAACAAAGUUCUGGAAAUUCUAGAAGUGGUCAGAUUCCCAGAAGUUUGAGUGAUUCUCAUCACAACUUGAGAAGUGUGUCUGGUGAUCAGGGAUCAAAUGAAAAUCAGGAUCCAAUGGAAGAGGUUUUUGAUUGUUCAGAAUUUAAGUUUGAGUGUUCAUUAGGCUAUGGGCAGACUGGAGGAACUUACCAAUGUAAAUUCUAUGGGCAAACAUUGGCUGUGAAGGCUUUAGAUCUUUAUAAGAAUGGCCGAUUAUUUUAUCAAAUGCAAAAGGAAAUCGAAAUAUACAAACGUCUUUCUAAAAUUCAAGGAAAGUAUAUCCCUAAAUUAGUAUGUUAUGGCUAUUAUGGGGGUGGAAUGGGCUAUGUUAUGGGUAUGACAAUUGUUGGUACUAUGUUGAGUUUCCAUAAGAUAGAGAAAUGGCAAAGGAAUCAGGCUCUCAGAGCAUUAGAAAUAAUUCAUUGUAACAACAUUCUUCACAAUGAUAUUCGAAAAGAAAAUAUCUUAGUUAAUGGUGAAGGCAAUAUAUUUUUUAUUGACUUUGGGAAGUCAAUUAUAACUGAUAAAAAGAAGUUGUUUCUUCAAGAGAAAUCUGAAUUAACUCGUUUAUUGAAUUGUUAUAUGUGA